ACAGAAAUCGAACGCAGGGGCUCCAUCUCCUCCCAUCUCACGGCCAACGGUCAACCCCCCCCCUAUCCCUAUACCGUGUGUCGAGAGUCGACACCAUUGCGCCCUCACGAGAACUUUAAAAUGGUGGGUUUGACGAAGAGGAAGGUGCAACUGGGUCGUCGAGAUUUUGAAGGGGGUGGGGGGACGGAGCGGAGCCUUGGGCAGAAUACAGAAACCUUGCAGAAGCAGCUCUAUAGACACUACAACGAGACAAGCCACCUGAACGUGCAAUGGCGUCACUCCCUCACGCGCAUCUCCCUGGGCUUAUCCGCAAUCUUGACGUAUCGGAUGUACCGUCAAUGGGGAGAUACAUCGACGACAAAUGCAAACACGUCGUCUUCCUGGCCCAGUUUCCUACAGAUGCAUGGCGUUGAGUUUUUAGGCGUCAUAUCCGGGCUGGCCAUAGCCCAUUACAUCCAUUCGCCCCUCCCACUGACAGGAGGGUCCUAUGUCCUUCCCUGGUCGUUUUAUGCGGCUUUCCUCUGCGCGUGUUUAGAAAUCUUUGCUUUCUACCGGCACGUAGUCUCCAAUCCAGAAUACACUUUACACAUAGACGCCACCUUGCCGAUGGGUGCUUUGUUUUUCCUCUUUGUCUGGGGUGCUGACCUGAUGAUGGGCCGCAGUCAACGGGAAGCGAGGCUGGGCUUGGAGGCUAGCCAGCGCCUGGGCGAGACCGUCGCUCCUCAUCGAAUGAAAAGGGAAUAAAUAUUAUGGACGUGGUAAAAUGUGUGGGGUAACAGAUCGGCAUAGAAGAACAGGCAGAUUAAGUGAUGCGCACAGCAAUGUUCAAGGCAGAUUAAGUAAUGCGCACAGCGAUGUUCUUCCUCUGAGAAAUGCACUUUU